UAUGUUUUGUAGCAGUCGCCUCAGACGCUUUGACCCUAUGACUAGUUACUUAUCGUGUUUACUACAAAUUGUAACGUAAAUCAUGGGAGUUACAAUCGGGAGUGUGUGUUUAGCAUUUUUUAAUAAAACAACGAAUAUUGUGACACGAGUAUUUUUGAUAUUAUUAAGUGCAAGUGUGUAUAAUGGGUUUGUUAUCGCCGAAGUGUUGUUGAACAAUUCGAACUUAUGGUAUCCGCCAUGGUUGUCGAAAGCAAAUGUUGAAUUACAACGUCUGUUGUAUAAUAUUGUUAAUGUUUACUUUGCGACUGUUGCGAGGAAGACAGUCAUGAUGCCCUGGUUCUUGCGACGUUUUCUGCGGUUUCUGGUUUCAUUGCUUGCUAUAAUAGUCAUACCAAUUACAUGGAUUGUAAACAAACGAAGAAAUGGAACUUGUCCACCACCUACGAAUCCUUUGCUUUUCAAAUCAGCUACCUCUCUCACCAAGAUGAUAAGAAACAAACAGAUAAAAUCCGAGCAAGUGGUAUCUGCGUACAUUGAGCGAUGUAGGGAAGUAAAUCAUUACUUGAACGCAAUCGUCGAGCCUCGCUACGAAUUGGCGCUAAGAGACGCCAGGCUUAUAGACAAGAUGUUAGAAGCUUACACUGGCUCUACGGACAUGCUAGCAGAGACGUACCCACUUCUAGGUUUGCCUAUGACGGUCAAAGAAAGUAUAGCGGUUGAAGGUAUGUGUAAUGACUCGGGUACAGAUUGUGACGUCAGGAAUCCGGCGAAGAAGGACGCGGAAAUCGUUAGACUGGCGAGAGCCGCCGGAGCUAUACCGAUCGCAGUGACCAACACACCACAACUCUGCAUGAACUGGGAGACGUAUAACAACGUCACCGGUCUCACCUUAAAUCCGUACAACUUGAAACAUACCGCCGGCGGAUCUUCUGGUGGCGAAGCAGCAUUAAUUUCCGCGGCUGCCUCCAUUAUUGGCGUGGGUUCCGACAUCGCUGGCUCCUUGCGACUUCCACCUAUGUUUACUGGAAUAUUUGGUCACAAGCCAACACCGAAAUUGUUAUCAGUUGAAGGACACAUACCAGACUGUUUGGAUCCACAGUUCGAAGAAUAUUUUGCAGUAGGACCUUUAACACGAUAUGCCGAAGAUUUGCCGUUACUCUUAAAUGUUUUAAAGCAACCCGGAUCCCCAGAAAUACCAUUUGAUAAACCUAUAGAUUUUCGAAAAAUUAAAUUCUACUACAUGAAUGGCGAAGGAAGUGACGUCACAGACAAAAUUGGACCAGAUGUUAAAAAAGCUAUGGAUAAAGCAAGAGGUUACAUACAACAUACUUACAAUGUGGAAGUUGAACAGCUAAAUAUUAAAAACAUCGAACACAUGUGGGAAAUCAGUGUAAGAGUCUUAUUCAAGAUAGAGCAUAUUAGAAACAUUUACACGGAUCCAGAGAAGCGGGAGCUGUGGGUGUCGACGUGGCCCGAGGUGCUGAGGAAGCUGCUCGGCGUCUCGCGACACAACUUCACAUGUGUAGCUUACGGUCCUGUUAAGAAAUUCUUUGACGCUUUACCAUCAGGGUAUUAUAAGAAACUUGUUGAGAUGUUCGAAGAGAUUAAGACUGAUUUUCAAAAAGCUUUAUCGGAGAACGCUGUGCUGUUCUUCCCAACGUUUCCCAGUCCAGCUCAUGUACACUAUAAAAUAUUUUACAAGUUUUUAAAUUGUGGAUAUCUAACGAUUUUCAACGCGUUAGGGUUGCCAGUAACGGCGUGUCCUCUAGGAUUCACAGACAAAGGGUUGCCAGUUGGGAUGCAAAUAGUCGCCGGCAGAUAUAACGAUUAUUUAACUGUAGCUGUUGCCAAAGAAUUUGAAAAAGCCUUCGGUGGCUGGGUACCACCCAACACAUCAUUAGAAACAGUUCAGAAGUAUAAAAACUCAGUACUGGGUGAAAAGGAUAUUAAUUGUAAUGUAAAUAUUAGUAAUGCGUAGCACAUAAGAAAAUAAAUAAAAAAAACAUUGAAUGUAUAUCACAGAUUAUAAUAAAUUAAGUAAAUAAAUAUGAAGAAUAAUUUAUAUUUUUACUGAUGUAUGUGAGUAUAUUAAAAACUACCUGAUCUGAAUUAAG